CCACGCGGCUACCACUGUUAAUGGGGAUGACCCCAGCUGCGUGCUGCGGACAUGAGCGGCAGAGGCGGUCGUGGCGGCCGUGCCAGGCCAAGACCACCUGGGUCAUCGGUGAGGGUGGCCGGCUUCGUUUUGAACCGGCGCUUGUUUUCGACCCCUUUGGCACUCGAGCCGCGUGCGCAUGGUCAAGAAUACUUUCAGCUCCUGGGGCCGAAGAUGCCCGACGACUUGGCUCAGUUCCAAGAGGUUCUGGACAUUGCGCUCGAAAACUUGCCGCAGGUGGACUGGAGCAGAUGUGCCAAUGGUGAUGCCAAUGUCAUGGUGAUGGCACGCCAGAAGCGAGUUUGGGACGGUCCAAGAGCGCAGGAGGCGCAACGGCCAAAAGAACCUGAGGAUGAGGACGAUGUCUUCAUGAACUUGCCUCAUCAUGAUGACUACUGGCCUGGAGCAGAAUUCUUCGUGGUCAGUGAUGCUCCCUUUCGAACUCUUUUCUACCCAGAGGGUCCAGACGAGAUGCCAAUACGAUAUCCCGCUGGCACGGUGAUCCACUACGAUGCACAAGCUCUCCAUUCAGCGCCUGGAUUCUGCCCAGCCUCUGAAGAGCUCCGAAAAGCACGAGGAGUUUCAUCGGUGGUGCGCACCUUCUUGCGAAUUUCUGCCUAUGAUCCACUGUGGAGCCUUUCCCAGCUCUCGCAUUUUGCAUCCUUGCUACAGCCUCAGCUCGCCCCAGCAGAGUGGAAGCGGCCAACGCCGUGUGAAGCUGAGGAGCUGCGCCGCUGCGCUCGCCUGCCGACGCGGCCGUUGACGCGACGCCAGGAUGUGGUCGCACCAUGUUUCGACGAACUUCAUAGCUGCGCACGGUGUUGCGACCUGUCGAAAGGUCCUUCUGGAGAUGCUGCUUGCUGGGCUGGCUGGAUGAACUAUGAGAAGUGCUGCGAUCCUGCCUCCAGACGUUGGGCUGGUUGUGGCUGGCAGCGAGGUGCAGAUCUAUGGGCACAUGAGUACUUCUCGCUCGAGCCACCACGAAUGAACAGCGCCGCCCAGUGCCACGGUCGAUGCGAGGAGGAUGGCGCAUGCGGUGGUUGGACUUACUUCCCUGCAAAUUGGCAGCCCAUUGGAUGCAGGCUUCCAUUGGCGGCGAUGUUUGGUCUCCGGCGUGCGUGCGUGCUGCGUGCCACACUGGAGGCGCCCCCAUCACUGCAUGCUGGUAUCGUUUGGGGUUAUCGUGACUGUGAAGAGCCAGAUGGCUGCGUGCGGUAUGGAGUUGACCAGCUUGGGCAGGAUGUGGCGUUCUUGAAAGAAGUUCCCAGCAUAGCUGUGUGCCGAAAACGGUGCCAGGAGAAGGAGGAGUGCAAAGCUUUCUCCUACUUCCCUGACAGCUAUGUGGGUGAUGCGAGUCCUGAUUGCGUCAUGCCAGCUGCAGUGGUUCUAUGGUGGCGGGGCCGCUGCUUGAUGAAGAUCGGCAGCGAUGAGAGGCAGGCAAAUGCGGAAAAGGCAGUAUGGCUGCCAAUGGGCAAUGUGGCAUCCAGCAACCGCCACUGUGCCCCAGCAAGGCCGUGGCUGCUGUGGGCCACCCACCAUUCGAAGCAGCAUGAGUCUUUGGCAGUCGAUGGAGACUACCGCCGAGAGCACUGUGUUACAAGGCAACCGUGGCGAGCGGAGCUUGAUGCAGAAUAUAUGGUUUCUCGAGCCAUGCUGUUCACAGGUGCUUAUGCCACAAUGACCUCGCGAGACCCCGUGACCUAUCACGUGGUGCUUGUUCUGGCUGAUGGAGAAGAAAUGUUGUGUGGCUCGGCUCCUGAGCAUCUCAAUGGCGCUGCUCUCCCAGUACAAUGUGCCAACAAAGCCGCCGAGCGACCAGUGAGAGCAGUCAUCAUACAUGGAAUGGGUGCAGAGGGGUUUUCUCUUUGUGAGGUGGAGCUGCGUGUGGCCCCUGUGCCAUGCCACCUGCUGUACAAACAGUUCUGGAUCAUCCAUGGACGGCCGGUCCACCUUUUACCGCCUGGAGAAGCCAAGCGUGUAUCGCUGGAUGGGGCUGGUGAAGCCUGCGAACGAGCUGGUGGGAGCUUUGUGGAGGUGAAGGGCCGCAUCAUUUGUGGGGAGGCAGCAUGUGCUCCAUCCAAAUGUUUGGAAGCCUUCGACCAGGAUGCUGAGGCGUAUGCUCCAUCGACCACUUUGGGCUUGUGGAACCCCAAAUUGGAGUCUGCCGCAGAUGCCUGCGAAUCGCUUCAGAUUGGCACACCUGGCCGCAUGUUCGAGGCUACGGUGAUGAUCUACAACGGUGGGCGUGCUGCGGUGGGUGAGCAGAUGACGACCCAUUGGGGUUUUUGUGCACCUGCACAUUGUGCAGACGACGAUGCUGCAGCUGUUGCCACUCGCCUGGUGGCCCGAGAAGGCCUCACUUGGGAGGCGCCAGUCGGUGCGCUGAUGUGGGAGGAGGAAGGUCCCAGGUUCGAACUUCUGAGAGCAAAGCCACGGGAGGCCUUCGACCGCAUCACCUCAUUUCUGGGUUCGGGCGCCAGAGCGACCGUGCUCAAUGUAGGCCAUUCCGGCGGAGAACAAAGAGACCUGCGCGAAUCACUCGCCAGCACUGAUCGUGCCCGAUCACCGGAAGCACGCCUGGUGCGGGCAGUCAGUGGUGAGAGCCGGCCAGAUGAGCAGGCAGCCAGCUACAUGGAGAUUGCUGUGUGGUGCCUCACAGGCAUGAGCGGAUGGUGGAGUCUGAAUAUCAUCACCGCUGAGCUUCCGUUCUUCGUGGCCGAGCUGCCGGCGGGCAAACGACUGGGAAACCUGAUAGCUGUUUGCACUCAAAUCGGAAACAUAGCGCCAAUUAUUUACAAAGCCGCGACCAGAAGAAGACCGGGCAACCUUGUCGUUGCAAUCGGCUGCUUCCAGGUUGUGGCUGUGUUGUCCUUGCUUGCAAGCAUGCUGCUAUGGCAUUCCACACCUGUCCUUCUUGUUUGCACCGUCCUCGCUGGAAGCGUAGGCUGCAUGAGCAGCGUCACCUAUUGGGCAGCUGUUGCUCAGCGGCCCGCCAGUUGCGUGCGGGCAAUGAGUGUCGGCAUGACAUUAGGCGGUCUAUUGGCUACAGGCUUCGCAGCCACGCAGCUGGGAGGUUGUGAACAAGGAGAUCCAAGAUUUUCUCCAGAGAUAUUUUUUCUUUUAGCUGCCGCGACGCAAGCUGGUCAGGGUGCCAUGUUUGUGUGGCGCAGCUGUAGCACCUUUGGCCAGAAUGGAGUUGCUGCUCCUCAGACGGCAGGUGAUGAGCAGGCAUGUGCCUCCGAGAAAGGCCCAAUGCCUCGGGUCGCGAAAGUCCUAAUGGCUGGGUGCUUUGUGGUCUAUGCCACCACUUACACCAUGCCCACCUUGAUGCCCUUCAUGGCUGGGCACUUCACCAACAGCACAGAGAGUCAACAGCUAUUGCUUUGGAUGCAGGUCCUGCAGAACGCAGGAGAUGUUCUGGGCCGCUUGGCCACGGCCCUGGUGCGAGAAAACAGGCUAGUACUCACGAUCUGGAUGGUGUUGCUUGUAGCAUCAUUCCUAGUGUCAGUGCUGACAUCGGUGCAAGAUGUCUCUAAAUGGUUUCAAUAUCAGUUUGCCAUUCUUGCAAUGCCCCUGACCUGCGGCCUUUUCUAUUUCUCGCGUGGCUUGCUAGUGACCACCUUCUAUCUCUAUGCGCGAGGCAUAGGGCCAAAGGAACAGGUUCAAGAGAUUACAGAGAAUAUGGGAUUUUGUGGUCAAAUGGGCGCUCUCAUCGCCAACUUUGCUGCCUUCGUCCUUGUGUCAAUCUUCACCUGA